AUGGGCUCAGAAACAACCCCGGUAUCUGCGACUCUGCGGAAAAGGGUCUUGAAAGUGCUGUUCAUUUCACUACUGCUUGACUUGAUAUCCUUUACAUUUAUCCUUCCACUAUUCCCCAAACUCAUCGAGUUCUACCGCAACCAUGAGACUGGAGACCCCAACACGAUCCUCUCCAAGAUCCUCGCCGGCCUCAAUGCAUACAAGAACUCGUUCGCGAAACCGAUCAACUCGCGCUACGACAUAGUCCUGCUCGGCGGCGCACUCGGAUCGCUCUUCUCUCUGUGCCAGGCUAUCGCUUCGCCCUUUAUCGGCACUCUUUCAGACAAAUAUGGCAGGCGCACAGCUCUUCUGUGGUCGAUGGUGGGUAACAUCUUCAGCGUUGCGCUGUGGGUCGCAGCGACUGACUUCCGGACCUUCCUUGCUAGUCGCGUGGUAGGAGGCUUGAGCGAGGGUAACGUGCAGCUUGCAAUGGCCAUUGCGACUGACAUCAGCGACGACAGCCAGAGAGGUGCGACAAUGGCGCUCGUAGGCGUGUGCUUCAGCAUCGCCUUCACCUUCGGACCGGCGCUGGGCGCAUACCUUUCCACGCUGCAGGUCAUGGACAAAAAUCCCUUCGCCAUGGCAGCAGGCUUCUCUCUAUUCCUCAUCGUCUCAGAGACCAUUUAUCUGUAUACCAGCCUGCCGGAGACGCUACCUUCAGCGAACAAGGCUCAGAAUGGCACCACAAACGGACAUGCUAAAGGCAGUGAAGCUCCGAAACCUCGCGCUCGAACGAACUCGCACUACCUACUCAACGCUACGCACUUUGCCUUCAUACUGUUCUUCAGCGGCAUGGAAUUCUCGCUCCCAUUCAUGACUUACGAUCUCUUCUCCUACCAGGCAAAGGACUCUGGUCGAUUGCUUGGGUUCAUUGGCCUGGUCGCUUCCCUGCUACAAGGGUCGGUAGUGCGACGAAUGCACCCUCUAAAAGUGGUUCAAAUGGGAGUCGUCAGUUGUACAAUCGCAUUCCUCAUGCUGGGCAGGGUCCAAACGCAGGGCGCACUGUAUGGAGCGGCCGCACUUCUUGCGGUUACGAGCGCGACCGUCGUUACUGGUCUAAACAGUCUCUCAUCUUUUGAGGCCAGCGCCGAUGAGCGAGGCAACAAGCUGGGCAACCAUCGAAGCUUCGGUCAAAUCGGUCGCUCCCUGGGUCCUCUCAUCUUCUGCACCUUGUACUGGUGGGCGGGCCGCGAGACAGCAUAUGCAACUGGCGCUGCCGGCAUGGUCGGAGUCUGCGCAUUGGUCUUCGGAGGACUGAAAGUUCCUCCUGGGACGGAGAACAUCAACAAGAAGGAGAAGAAGACGGUCAAAUAA